AUUACCACAUCUAACAGACGAAAUUAGUGCUUCUUAAUCUUAUCCAUGGCGUCCACAUUUCUCUCAGCAGCACAAACCUUUACGCUGAGCAAGCCUACAAUCCCUUCUCUUUCCACUCACAAUCUUCCCGCAGGGUCUCGAAGAAAUUCUCUUAGAAUCAAAGCGGUUGCAAGUAAAUGGGAACCCACCAAGGUUGUUCCACAAGCUGAUAGAGUUCUUAUCCGUCUCCAGGAGUUGCCCGAGAAAUCAGCUGGUGGAGUAUUGUUGCCCAAAUCAGCUGUCAAAUUUGAGAGGUACCUGAUGGGGGAGAUAGUUUCUGUUGGUGCUGAAGUAGGACAAGUGGAGACUGGAAAGAAGGUUCUUUUCUCUGACAUAAGUGCUUAUGAGGUGGAUUUGGGAACCAAUACGAAGCACGUCUUCUGCAAAGAGAGUGACUUGUUGGCUGCAGUUGAAUGAAGUUUCCAGUCUUUGAUUUAGAGGAAUAAUCCACUUUGAUGGUUCUUCAUGGUGUCAAUUUUUCCUUUUUGGUAUGUAUUUCAUAACUGAAUAGCUCGCCAUUUUGUUCAUGAUUUCAUGCUAUUGGUACAUUUCAUGUCC